CGGAACAGCGGAAGCGCUUUAUACGAAACAGUUGACAUGCCGUUGGUAAUCAUAAAUUGUCGUUAAACUUUAUAUUUUGAUAAGAUAUUAUUUUGAUGUGUGUAGUACUGGUUACAUAGUGGGGUGAAUUUGACCGGUAUACUGCGGAACAAGUCUUGAAGAAGAAAAACGGGACUGGCAGCAGGAAGCUAGUUCACUUAUCGGACACAUUAAACAGCUAUGACUCUGACACUGGACAAAGAUUGGGCUGUUGUUCAGGGUGCUUUCAUCCUGGCUGAUAAAUUGUGUCUUCCCUCAUCUCUGUCCUCACUUCAGAAGGCUGAAUGGAGCAGGGUUGGGCAUCCAGUCCCGGAGGCAGCCGAAGCUAUCUGUAAACAAAAUGAACCUCCUAGCACAUUAGCUGUGAGCUGGGUAAAGAAGAUACUCUGUGCGGUGUGGCUGAAGCUGUUGUGCAGGGAGGCUGGAGAGGAUGUAGAGGUGGCCUGGAGGGAGAACCCUUUCUUUCCCCUACUAAACAGCCUCCCUGAAGUCAACCAUGUUGUCCUGUUGGAGUUGGUAAAGUCACUGGCAGCUGCUAAGAUGUUUUCCCAUUUGCUAUCAUACCUCCCUCAGUCUCAGGUCUGUGUGGAGCUCAACAGGCUGGUGCAGCACGUGAAGAAUGGCCCUACGACAGAGGAUGAUGUGCGGCUGUUUUUGGAAGUGUGGUGGGAGCUGUGGAAAGGCAGAGAAGAGAAGAAAACUUGCGCAGAGGACAACAUAGAGACAAUGUUUGCAAAACAAUUUGUUCGUUUCUACUCCGAGUCUCCUGGUGUGGCUCAUCAGGCAGCCAAGAGGUUAAAACUAGACCCAUCAGAACUACCAGCAUCAUCGAAUAAUGAUGUCCUGCACAUUCUUCUUUAUGCACUUAAUGACAUAAAACAUGUCAUAUCAACAACAGCUCUUUGCUUCGAGGCCCUAUCUAUUUCUCUUGAUGCUCUUUACACAACCUUCCUUAUUGACCAAGCUGUCGUACUGCCAACCAAAGAAAAGAUGCUCAUCCUGUCUAAAGCUGUAGGCAUCAAAGAAAAUAACAAUGAGAAAAUAAGCCCUGAAAUUAUUCAGGAUGCUCAGAGAGACCUGCAUGCUUCUCACACACCGUCUCAGUUUCCACCAAUCAGGAUGAAGCUGGGUGACACACUGAAGAUCAUAAGAGAACUUGUCGAGUUUUGGAUAAACAUUGGGCUUCUAAGAGUGUGUGACAGCUCUGGCUCUUGGUACUCAACAUUCAAGUUGGAACAAAGUGCCAAGAGAGUCAUGAGAGCUUUAUACAAUGAAGAAAUGCCUGAAACUGUGACAGAGAAGAACUUACUCAAAGGUUUGCUGGAGUCACUGACUUUCACUGCCAUAGAGAGUGAUCCAGAGGUAAACUACAAAGUCACAGCGAUGAUCAUCAAACACCGCCUGGACGACUGUCAGGAGUUUGCAAUGUUGUUUGCCAGUGAGAUGAGUUGGGCUGCUCAUAGUGAGCACUGGAUUGAGUGUCUGGAAGAGAACCAAGCAGCCUUCCAGCAGCAUGACACUCUCAUCAGACUCACCUCCACCUUCAUGAGUAAACUCCACAGUCAGAGCACAAAUGUGAGCCAGAGCAGGAAGCUGAUGAAAGUCAUUGCGGAUAUAUUCUCUGCACUGUCAUUAAAAGACAAAAACAAAGUACUAGCUGUCAUGCUGAGACUGUCAAGCAAGGGGUUCUUUGGGUGCUCCGUCCCCUCUGCUGUGACUAAUGGGUUUGAACAGGAGCUCAACAUGGCCUUCAACUGCAUCACCCAAGGAGGGGGUGCAGCUGCAGCAUCCCAGAGCAAUCUGAACUCAGCUGUCUCUUUAGUAGCUCGAGUUGCGUAUCAGAACCCAGAGGCUGCUCUGAGGUCUUGUUGUCUUUCUGCUGUGUUUAAUAAAGGUGCUUUCUCUCUGAUGGCUAAGAUCCUUCAGCAGCUGCCUGGACUCAGAGAACAAAGGGGAAGAAACACUCAAAGUGAUGAAGAAGAGAGAAAAGAGUCUGAGGAAAGGGAAGAUGGAGAAAGGGAUGCUGCAAGUGGUUGCAGUCUGCUCUGCAGGUGUUUACAGGAGAUCAUCAACACCAAAUCAUUGUCGGCCAAUGAAAAAGAGCAGCUCCUCAAGUUUCUGAGCUUGCUGAUGAUUCCUGAUAUGAUGGUUGAGGGAGAUGAAAGAAAGGGAAGCUUUCUGCCACCUCAGGAGGUCAUCAACAUUUUUGUCCUGCCUAAUCUUUCUACUAUGGGUCAAGGCUGCUUUGAUGUAGAAUUAAGUCUGCAGCUUCUGCACACUGCUCUCUGCUUGGAUGUCCAGGAGGAAGCUUCAUCUCCUCACUGGGUGAUGGACUGUUCUCCUUUUCCUCUUCUCUACGUCCUUGCACAACUGAAGAACCAGACUCUCAGAUGUUGGGAGCAGCCACCAGAGGGCACUGCCAUUCUCUGGUCCAUGGACACCAAGGAGCUGCUGGUAUCGGUACUGACUAUACUGGGACAGGUGGUGGGUGCAGAGGUGUUGGCCGCUCCUAGCAGAUGGUCCAGAGCUCUUUUCUGGCUUUACAACAAGAUGGAGAAACUGGACUGGACUGUUCGGUUCCUUCUGAAACCGGUGUGGGGGGAUCACUUUAAAAAUGAGGUUCCAUCUGCUCUACUUACAGUCUGUGAUCUACCUGAGCAGGAUUGGUCUGGUUUGGACCUGUCUCAGUACGGCCCAGGAACAGGUCUUCUGGCCUGGAUGGAGUGCUGCUCUGUAUCAGACCCUCUUCAGUCCACCAUGUUGGCCCAUCUCUCUCUAGACCGGCGUCAACCCCACCAUGUCAGCAUGUUCAGCAAAGGCUUGCUGGUGGCUCUGACCCAGACUCUGCCCUGGUGCUCGGUCUCUCAGUGGAGCAGAUUGCUCAAAGUCCUGAAGGAGCUGAUCAUCUCAGGCCGCCUUCACGUUCCCUUCUCUCUUGAGUAUGUGGACUACCUGCCCCUCCUGGAUCUGAAGAAGUUCUCCUGUGAUCUCCGCCUGUCUGUCCUCUUGCUUCGGGUCCUUCAGCUGCUCUGUGGGUCGAGCUGCUCAGACUGGCUGUCAAGGGACGGCUGGGCUCAUGUCGGCAGGUUAUACGCCCAUGCUGUCAGGGAGAUGAUGAACUCCGUGAGAGCUAAGCUGCCUCUUUCCUCCUCUGGUGCUCUGAAUGUUUCUGCUUCAACAAGUCUUAAAACACCGGGGUCCAACCUUUCCUGCACUCAAGUCAGAUGUCUUAGUGUGCCCAAAGACUGUAUGAAAGAUCUCAGACCAGCAGAGGACUUUCCUCUGGAAACAGAGGAGGAGAUGAAGACAGCUCCUUGUCAGGAAGUCCUCUUUGUGCUCAGCCAGCUCUUCUGCCAUGUUCAGCACAUUCAGGUGAUGAUGCCCGGAGGUCAAAGUGAACCUUUGUUCCUGUCCUCUCUGGAGAUCCUCAGCCACUACGAGGCCAUCAUGGCUGCUUUCCCACACAGCAGCAGCCCACUGGAGACUGACAACACCCGUCACUUCUUCUCCACCAUCACUGACAACCUGGUGAACGAGGAGAUGAAGGCCGUGCUGCAGCAGAAGAUUGCUCAGCUGGUGUCAUCUGCUGCCUGAGAUGCUGGGUUUCGUUGGUUUUGGGACUUUUUUUUUUUUUUUUUUUUUUUUUUUUGUGCUCUCAGCGGGUUUGAUGUAAAGUUGUCAAUGAUGCACAGUGAGGUAAUGUAAAAGAUUGUUUCAAAGUUUUGGUGAAUGAUGAAUAAA